CGGUCAGAUGUUUAAUAAAUCAUUUAAUAAAUCAGGUAACAUCAAAACAAACCUUCAUGCUGAAAGACCUCUUUCCAUAUCACCUGCUAUGAGUUCAGCAACAAGGCUCUGGUGGCGGACGGCGCCAAUUUUUUUUCUGACUGACAGUGUAAUCAUUCCGAGUUGCCUCAAGAUAUACAAAUUUGAACACCCUGCUCAGAAGGUCCUUUUGAAACAUUACCGAUUGCGCCACUACCAGGAAAGAAACCGCCAACUACCAACCGCCAACUACCCUGCCUCUACACCGAUAGCAUCUGCUCCUUUAAAACCACUGGAGCAUUGCAGUCUCACCUUUCAAGAUCACACAAGCGCUUAUCUUCACGACACCGAUCCUGAGGAGACCGGCACCAAGGGACUCAAAGUUGGUGUCCUCACUAUUGUCAAAGAUGAUGUGGCAACAGUAAAUUCCAAUCCCACAAUAAGGACCAUGGCUGUGGUGGUGGAAGAGCAAACUGUACUUGAUGAGGUUGAGGACCUCCCCAAUGCAUUUGCUUUAUUUUUUGGUUUGAUUUAUGCACUUAACAUCGAGUACCCCAAACAAGUUAUUCAGAAGCUAUUCAUGCAGCUUGGUUCUCAGUGUUCUCCAAAAGUGCUGAACUUGAAGAACAAGUUUCUAAGUUUUGAUGUUUAAAUUGGACAACUGUUAAAAGGCAGUUGCUUCUUGUGUCUUUUGGACAACAAGUGUUCAAACUGCCUCUUUGUGAACACUGAACUGCAGUGGUUAAAAUGCUUUGUCCUAAAAGCGAGUCUGAAGUAAAGGGGUUUUCCAUUUGUUCUAUCUAGUUAUAUUUUGUGUUAAAUUGCUACACAAGAAGUAGUAUUUGAUGCUGCUGUUUUUAGACUGAAUUUUUAUACCUGCAGUUUUAUAUUUAACAAGGAAACACAUUUCAUCUACUUGUACUCUGUACAAAAAUUGUAUUUUGUAGUAAAUUUGUUUAGACUUGAACUUUAACCAUUACUGUUAAAUACAACAGUUGUUUAUACAAUAUUUGGACUUGUAUCUUUAAAGAUUGUAUCAUCCAACAGAUGUAGAUCAAUUUGUCCAAACUGCACUUUUAGUGCCAUUGCAAUGAAUUCUUGUGAAAGAUAUGAAAGAAGAAAUUUUUGACUGGACCUGUUUUUGGAAUUGAAUUUUGUAUUAGGUUUUACUUGAAGCUUUCCCCAUUGAAUCAAUUAUAUAGAAGUUUUUACUUUUGCAAAUCAAAGCUGACAAAUAAGCUCUUAACUUGAACAGGCAUUUUUUCUGAGAUGUUUUAAUGAAAUGAGUUGAUUUGGUUUGUGAUUUAAAUUUGCUGUUCUACAAAGAAAUCAUAUUGAUGCGAUAAAAAGGUUGUGGUUCUGUCCGUUUAAAGAGAGUUUUUUUUAGGACCAAUGUCGUUGUACUGAGUAGCAUUUAAUAAAUUCAUUCACUCAUAUUGGAUUGACAGUUCUGUGCUGGACUUAAAACUCAGACUGAGUAAAAUCUAAAGUCCUGAAGCUGCACUGUAAAAAAUCAAAACCUUCUGAAGCUGGUUGCCUUAAACUUUUAAGUUUUCUCAACUUUCGAUUUUUUUACAGCGACUUAAACUAUCCGGUUUUGUAAACUUCUAAGUCACUUUUAUUUAUAUAGCGCUUUUAACAAUACAGAUUGUGUCAAAGCACUUAACAGUAUAAAAUUGGAGGAUAGAGUGUCAGUAAUGUACAAGAUUAAACACUCAAUUUUCAGUUAAAGGCAUUACAUUAUUGAAUUCAGAGAUGUCGUUGUCUAGCUCAGUUUAGUUUAAAUACACUGUAAAAGAAAAAAAAAGUUGAGCCAACUUAAAAUUUUAAGGCAACCAGCUUCAGCAGAUUUUUGAGUUUUCUCAACUUGUCGUUUUAAGUUUAUACAACAAAAAAUUUGAGAAUCUCCCACAAAAAUAUCUCCCAUAAAAAUCUGCUGAAGCUGGUAAAAAAUGUUUUAAGUUCGCUCAACUUUGCAAUCAAAUCGACGAUAAUCGCUAGAAAUUAAGUGUCCCCACUUAAACUUAAAUUUCUAAAUUAUAAAAACAGACCUUAGUUUUAGUAGUCAUGUCAAAGCAGUAACUAAAUCAGCAUACUAUCAUCUCAAAAACAUUGCAAGAAUUAGAUGUUUUGUUUCCAGUCAAGACUUGGAGAAACUGGUUCAUGCCUUUAUCACCAGCAGGGUGGAUUAUUGUAAUGGUCUCCUCACCGGCCUUCCAAAGAAGACCAUUAGACAGCUGCAGCUCAUCCAGAACACUGCUGCCAGGAUUCUGACUAGAACCAGAAAAUUUGAGCAUAUUACACCAGUCCUCAGGUCCUUACACUGGCUUCCAGUUACAUUUAGGACUGAUUUUAAAGUACUUUUACUCGUUUAUAAAUCACUCAAUGGCCUAGGACCUAAAUACAUUGCAGAUAUGCUCACUGAAUAUAAACCUAACAGACCACUCAGAUCAUUAGGAUCGAGUCAGUUAGAAAUACCAAGGGUUCACACAAAACAAGGGGAGUCUGCUUUUAGCUAUUAUGCCGCCCGCAGUUGGAACCAGCUUCCAGAAGAGAUCAGAUGUGCUAAAACAUUAGCCACAUUUAAAUCCAGACUCAAAACUCAUCUGUUUAGCUGUGCAUUUGUUGAAUGAGCACUGUGCUACGUCCGAACUGAUUGCACUAUAUAUAAUCAUUUUCUAUUCUUAAAUGUUUUUAAUUCUUUUAAAAUCAAUUUUUAAAUCACUUUGUUUUUAUUGUUGUGAUUUUUAUUAUUUUUAAUCUCUUAUUAUUUUUAAUGACUAUUUCACUUCCUUUUAUGUAAAGCACUUUGAAUUACCAUUGUGUAUGAAAUGUGCUAUAUAAAUAAACUUGCCUUGCCUUG